CUCAACUUCACAACCCCCACUCAUCUGCAUAGACUUCCAUUGGCCAGUGAGCUGGUGACAUGGAAUGAGAUUGGUUUGGAUAUAUAAAUAGUGUGCAGUAGCAGUGAGGCUUUUAGUUUUGUUUCUUUUGUUUUCAUGGCUUGCAAGAGAGAUGGACAUCUCCUCAUGUUCUUGUUUUUUCUCAGCAUACUUAGACCAUUUCAAGGAAGGGAAUUACCAACCAAAUCCAAAUACUCAUAUCUCAGAACAGCAAGCAGCUUCUCAUCAACACCUGAACAAGAGUAUGACUACAUCAUAGUGGGUGGAGGCACAUCUGGCUGCCCUCUUGCUGCUACUCUCUCUAAGAAAUACAGUGUGCUUGUUCUGGAGAGGGGUGGCUCCCCUUAUGGCAAUUUGAAUGUCUCUUACUUACAGAACUUCCAUAUUUCUCUGGCUGAUACCUCUCCCACCUCUCCUUCACAACCAUUCAUAUCCACUGAUGGAGUCAUCAAUGCCAGAGCAAGGGUCUUGGGAGGAGGAACUUGCAUUAAUGCUGGUUUCUACUCCAGAGCCAGCCAAAGCUUUGUGAGGAAUGCCGGAUGGGAUUUAGACCUAGUAAAUGAAGCAUUUCCAUGGGUUGAGAAGCAGAUAGUCCAGUGGCCCAAGCUAGCACCAUGGCAAACUGCACUAAGGAAUGGACUUCUUCAAGCCGGUAUCUCUCCUUUCAAUGGAUACACUUAUGACCACAUCAAUGGAACUAAGAUUGGGGGCACUAUCUUCACCAAACAUGGCUUCCGGCGAACAGCUGCUGAUCUUCUUCUCGCCGGGAACCCGAAGAACCUCAAAGUCUUACUCCAUGCCACUGUGCAGAAAAUUCUUUUUGAUACUAAAGGACUGAGACCGAAGGCGAUAGGAGUGGUGUUCAAGGAUGAAUGUGGCCGCCUACACCGGGCUUUCGUCAAUGGCAACAGUCGAAGUGAAGUUAUUGUCUCUUCUGGUACAGUAGGCAGCCCCCAGCUGCUGCUCCUGAGCGGCAUUGGUCCGAAAAAUGAUCUCCAGAAGCUAAACAUCACGGUUGUUAGAGGCAACCCCCAUGUCGGCAAAGGGCUUUCAGACAACCCCAUGAACUCCAUCUUCAUACCUUCCAAGAAGCCUGUCAAGCAGUCCCUUAUUGAAACUGUGGGAAUUACGACAUUCGGUUCCUUCAUUGAGGCCAGCAGUGGCUUUGGCCAGUCCUCAGACAGCAUCCAUUGCCAUCAUGGUAUCAUGUCCGCCGAGAUUGGACAACUCUCCACCAUUCCACCAAGCCAAAGAAGUCUGGAUUCUAUAAAGGAUUAUUCAAAAAGAAAGCAUGAAAUCCCAAUGGAGGCAUUUCAAGGCGGCUUCAUACUAGAAAAGAUCGACGGUCCACUCUCUGUCGGUCAGCUCACAUUGCUAAACACCGACAUCGAUACCACUCCAUCCAUCACCUUCAACUACUUCAGCCACCCUUCUGAUCUCCAUCGCUGUGUUCUCGGUAUUCGUACUAUCGAGAAGAUCAUACAAACAAAACAGUUUGCUGAUCUUAUUGAAGAUGAUGCUAUCACCAUGGAGAUGCUUCUCAACAUGAGUGUCAAAGCCAAUGUGAAUUUGAUACCAAAGAACACCAAUGACACAGCCUCAUUAGAGCAAUUCUGUCGAGACACUGUAAUCACCAUUUGGCAUUACCAUGGAGGAUGCCAUGCCGGCAAGGUGCUAGACCAUAAAUACCGUGUUCUCGGUGUCGAUAAUUUACGCGUCAUUGAUAGUUCUACUUUCAAUUCCUCUCCUGGCACCAAUCCUCAGGCCACUGUCCUGAUGCUUGGAAGGUACAUGGGAGUGAAGAUCCCUGAAAGGAGAGAGUGGAGCAUGAAGGGAAACCAGAAAGGAUUAGUUGAUUUAUAUAUGAUCUUUUGUGGAUGA